UAGACUCACACCCUGUGUUUGCCGCUGUUAUGUCUGUGUGUAAUGUUGUUACGCUUUGGUUUUGUAUUUUGACUACGUGUGAAUUCGCCUCAGGAUUACGACAAUAUGGGAUUAACGUGAUAGCAACACGUACCUACUUUCGUGUGUACUCCUCUACAAGCUGUGGGUUUCUUUGGAUUGGUCGAUGUUCAAGAUACAGUCGACAGUCACGGCUGACUUUCCAGUGCAAGCCAGGGUACAGAUCAGAUGAUAACAUAGGAUGUCCACACAAGUGCAGGACCAUCAGCAACUGCCAAACAGAGGCAUGUACCACAAGUCGGGACCAGAUGUGUUCACUCUGUGACGGAGUCGUGUCUCACGUGCCGGGACACAGAGCAUAUCUACUUACCUCAAACAAGAAAUCAUGUACACAGACCUGUUCCUGGCGUAGUGACAGUACCAGAUGUUAUCCAGGAACCUGCAAGGGAGAGUAUGCUAGCAGCUGUUCCUGUUCAAGUGGCUUCACUGGACAACACUGCCAGACAAUAACAACAGAACCGACGAUAAACUCCAACGUCUUUCGUUUGACCACCAGCAAUGGGAACACAGCCAGGGAACCUUCCAUCAUCAACAGUGGCCAAAUUCAGUCCACCACCUGGUCAAACAUCAGGUCUCCAUCCAGAAUGUACUACAAGUUUACGGCAAAAUACCAAAUGGUACCUCCAUCCAGACAUGCCUUCAUUGAAGACUUCCGUGUUGGAAUUGUCGGCGGCUCCGCAUCAUUCAAACUGAAAAGACGGCGGCGUGUUGUUUCAACCAAGGUGUCUGUCUGUGGAGGAGCCAGUCAAAGCAGCCCGGAGACAGACCUGUUUACCUGUGAAGGAAACCGAUCAGUGACGUCUGUACUUACUCUACCCUUCCAAGACAAAGACGUUAUUGUGGUUUCCUACAAGGCGACCAACGGUGGAUAUGUUAAAGUCCGCAACAAAGAGACAAAGAACCUUGCGACCUUCUACUACAGCGGUGCAUCACAGACCCGUACAUUUACUAUGACCAUUGACCUGGUGCUUCCCUAUCACUGUACGGGUAGUUCUACCUGUGUUGGCAGCAUGUUGACAGCUCCAAAUGCUAUCACAACAUCCACAUUGAACCUCCGCUGGAGUGGCUGGUCGGAUACUGAUGCAGGAGUCGACCACUUUGUGAGGGAUGUGUAUGAACUCCACGCUGUUGGGGAUGUACUCAGAGAUAAACGUCGGAUAGACAAAAGGUCUUUUACAAGCUCCAAGACCAGCGACAAGUUCAGAGUCUCCAAACCCGGGGUGUUUUCUGUAAUCUUGUCUGUCUAUGACAAGGCAGGUAAUUACAGACGUACUCGACGAAUUGUGGUGUAUGAUGGUACUUCAACUGUAACAACUCGGGCUAAUAAAAAACUACGUGUGAUGACAGCAUCGGCCGCAGCGUCAGCGUGGCAAACGACCUCAUCUGCAGUGACCGUAGACUGGACCAACAGAUACAUCAACACAGUCCACCACAACAACAAGUGGCUCCUUGGUGUGGCUUCACUGGGUGACAUCAGUUCGGACUAUGAUGAUAACGAGGGAAGCAGAGGUAUAGGUGAAGUCAGAAAUGUUCAAGGAAUCACACGUUUCCGAACAUCUUACAAAGUCGACCACCAAGGAGGGUCGUCCAUCACCAGUCCACCUGCUGAUAACCUGUUCACCAGUCAAGGUUUGAAUCAGUCAGAGACCAUUACACACAGACUAUUAGACGGGGACACUGUUCGUUUCUGGGUACGAGCCUAUGACAUCAUGUUGGACAUGACAGAAGAACAUGUGACAGUCCACAUCGACACAUCACCUCCAAUCAUGGAGAACCUUUGGCUAACCAGGAGCGGCAGUCUCAACAUCAGUGUACAUCGGGUAGAGGAACUUCAUGACGUAAUAAUGGAGUUUGAUGUGCACGAUGAACACAGUGGAGUGGAAAAGGUGGAAUGGAGAGUCGUAAAAAAACAACAAGACGAGGACAUUGUGUUAGCUGUACAUGACAUCUCUAUUCAAAGCCACCGGACUCUGGAUGACUGCAACAUCAUGCGUGAUGCAAGAGAUGGUAACUGUUAUUGUACUCCAGCUGGCACAUGUUAUCAUCCCCACUUCCAAGUAAAACCAGCCCUGGCAGACAUAAGAGACGUCAAGUUGGCUGAAGGAAGGGAAUAUUGGUUUCAAGUCACAGCUGCAAAUCAUGCUAAACUCAAAAGUGAACAGGAAGUAAAGAUCCAAAUGGAUGCAAGCCCCCCUCAUCCAGGCGUCGUCGACGAUGGUCUGUCUGGACAACCGGAAGUAGACUCUCAGAACAGUCUACAGCUCCACGCCCACUGGGAAGGAUUCUUUGACAGAGAGUGCAAUUGCCUUCUACCAGUACACGUUCGGACCAAGAUGUCUUCAGGGACACGAGUUCGACCUCAACAAAACCCAAAACGUAACUCAAUGGUCGGGAAAAACCUUGUACUAGUGCUGUCGGCUACUGCGUCAGCUGUGGUUGCAGUUGCAGUUGCUGGCAUCGUCGUUGGAGUUGUUGUCUGGAAGAGGAAACGAAGAGGUAACCCGGAGACUUCUGAUCAAGCUGUGUACUACAACACAGGGUCAUCUAAAAAUGAUAAACCUAAGAAGAAAAAACUGGGAGACAAAAGGAUUAAACCUGAAGCGAAGGCGUAUGACCCGCUAGACGUAAACACACGGGAAACAGUCCCGGAGGAAGAACCAUACUGUUCUAUACAGACCUCUGGGUCGGACGAAACAGACCUGUAUGAACCCGUUGGAAUCUAUAGAGGACUCGAUGUGAGACCUAUCGCUAAAGGUGCUAUCAUUGAUAGCCUAACAGGAGAUCCGCUUGGAAAGACACUGUAUUACGUCUCUGAGCAGCACCUAUAUGAACAUUCUUUAAUGAAGAAGAACGCAACCAAACUGAAAUAUGUCGGAGAGGAAUUCCACCAGCUCCAUCUCUAUGGAAGAAAUGUAUUGCUUCUUACCAUCAAAGGAAGAGAUACAAUCUUUGCUUUGGACCUUCUGAACCUUGAUACCAAACUUCAGACGGUGGCGGUAGCUGAGGGCAAAGCUAAUGGCACAGCUAUGUGUCUUAUUCCAUGA